GGAGAAGUGACAACAAUGUCUGAUCUUCCAGAUGAUUUGGCAGAAGAGAUAUUGUCUAGGGUUCCGUUGACAUCCCUAAGUGCAGUGCGUUCCACUUGCAGAAAGUGGAAUAAUUUAUCCAAAAACCAGGUUUUUGGUAAGUCAGCAUCAACAGGAAGGAAGCAUUUUCUAGGGUUCAUGCUGAAAGAUUAUAAGGUUUGUUCGAUGAAGUUUGAUCUCCAAGGAAUUGGAAACGAAGGAGACUUCGUUGAUCCAUCUAUAAAGGAAGUCAGUAUACUUGACCAAGUAGAAAUCACUCAGGUCUUUCACUGUGGAGGUUUAUUGCUAUGUGUCACCAAGGACAGGUCGAGACUUUUGGUGUGGAAUCCUUAUUUGGGGCAAACAAGGUGGACCCAACCAAGAAACACUUUCCGAAGUGAAGACAGAUAUGCUGUUGGAUAUGACAAGAACCGUAACUACAAAAUCUUGAGGGUUUUUGGCAAGUAUGACACCAAAGGUGAAUUUGGAAGCGUCGACAAAUACCUGAUUUUUGGGUACGAAAUAUACGAGUUGAGCUCUAGUUCGUGGAAGGUUUUUAACGUCAGUCCCGACUGGAAUAUAGAUAGUUAUCAACGUGGCGUGUCUUUGAAGGGUCAUACUUAUUUUUUGGCUGAAGAGAGGUGGACGAUAGGUAGAAGAAAUAAAACUGAGGAGAUAAUCUCUUUUGAUUUUACAACAGAAAAAUUUGGAAAGCGGUUGCCUCUUCCGUUUAAAACUCAUGAUGUAGGCAACUUUGUGUCUCUAUCUUGUGUCAGAGAAGAGCAGCUUGCGGUAUUACAUCAAAGCAGCGUGAUUGAUCACACAUUGGAGAUUUGGGUCUCAAGUAAUAUUGAUCUGGGUGCAGUUUCGUGGAGCAAGUUCUUGAGAACCACCUCUUUCUGUCGGGUUGAUUUUCAAGCUGGUAGUUUCUUCAUUGACGAGGAGAAGAAAGUUGCUGUGGUUGUCGAUCUGGACAAUGGUGGACAAGCACGGACUGAGACCCAUUACAACCAAAGAGCUAACAUAAUUGGAGAAGAUGAAUAUUACAAACCUGUGAAUGUUGGAGAGGCCCUGGAUCAUGGAAAACUUAACAAAUUUGGAUUUUUGAUCUCUGAUUUAUGUCGCCCACUUGUGUGCUCUUAUGUUCCAAGCACAGCACAACUGCAACUGCAACCGUGAACAUGGAAAGAAGGUGAUGAUUAAUCAGUUCCAAUUUCAACAAUUGGCUGUCAAUUGUUAGUUUGUCUUUUGAUAUAUAUCAUCAUCUAACUAUGAUUAUGUUUGCUUAAGUUAAGUGGUAAAUUAUUUCCUCUGAAUUGUUAUAAUUUUAACAUAUGGUAUAAUCUUCCAAAAAUCAACAUGUAUUAAUCCAAUAUCGUACUUUUAGAGGGGCUUAUUGAAUUAGAAAUUUCAUAAAAUUUUAGUUUUUUUUUCAAAUCCUCUCUCAUUGAAUAUCCCUUAUAUAUUAAAAGAGAAUAAUUGUAAUAAAUGCGUUCACAAUAAACUUGAAACAUGUAUGUAAAAGCAUUAUAAUAAAUGCGUUCACACUAAAAUGGACACAUGUCACAUGUAGAGAGGUUCUCAGCCAAACUCUACAUAAAUAUGUUCAAUACUUUACUUUUUUUAAUAUAAAACUCACAUGCAUGGUUCUUCUUUACGUUAUUUUUACAGUUUACGAAUAAAGCUGGAUAAAUAAUUCAUAUAUUUUGAUUCGAUUCGUUAUCCAUUUUGAUUCGAACCGAAAAUCCGGAUAUUCGUUACUCUACGAAGCAAAUCAAAUACUAAAAUGUAAUAUCCGUAAAAAAAAAUCAAAUCACAAAUAUCAAUAUUGAUAGGAACG